UGCCUCUCUUCUAUGAAAUCCACAGGGAUACAGGACAGGACCAAGGAGUACCAGAGUGCUAUGGUUAGUGGCACCAGGAACACCUGAUCCUUCCAUACAGGCUGGAGUGCAAUGGCACGAUCUCGGCUCACGGCAACCUCUACCUCAAAGGUUCGAGCGAUUCGCCUGCUUCAGUCUCUCGAGUUGCUGGCAUUACAGGAAGAAACUGAGGAAGCCCGGUGCAACGCCCAACACAGAUUAAGACAAAGCCGAGACUCAAAACCGGACCUCAGCUUCCGGUGCCAGCCCAUAUAUGCUGCCAUUGCCUUCGCCGGAAGUGAUAUACAGCCCCUAUUCUCCUUCGCGUCCCUUGACCGGACCGAGGCUGGGAGGGCGGAAGAAUGGGCGGGACGAUGGGCGGAAGCACUCUUCCUACCGGGACCCGGAAAAACAUGGCCACCCCGAGCCGGCCUAUCUGGAAACUGGCUCGAAGACGACGGGGAUUGGCCAUCGCUUCCGGAAGUUGUGAGCUUUGUUUCCGAGCGGGAGAUCUUCCGAGACGCACUGGGGGCCGGCUGUAGAAUCCUCAUCUGUGAAAUGCAGUUAACAUAUCAGCUGGACCUAUUUCCCGAAUGCAGGGUAACCCUUCUGUUAUUUAAAGAUGUAAAAAAUGCGGGAGACUUGAGAAGAAAGGCCAUGGAAGGCACCAUCGAUGGAUCGCUGAUAAAUCCUACAGUGAUUGUCGAUCCAUUUCAGAUACUUGUGGCAGCAAACAAAGCAGUUCACCUCUACAAACUGGGAAAAAUGAAGACAAGAACUCUAUCUACUGAAAUUAUUUUCAACCUUUCCCCAAAUAACAAUAUUUCAGAGGCUUUGAAAAAAUUUGGUAUCUCAGCAAAUGACACUUCAAUUCUAAUUGUUUACAUUGAAGAGGGAGAAAAACAAAUAAAUCAAGAAUACCUAAUAUCUCAAGUGGAAGGUCAUCAGGUUUCUCUGAAAAGUCUUCCUGAGAUAACAAAUAUUACGGAAGUCCAAAAGAUAUAUAAACUGUCUUCACAAGAAGAAAGUAUUGGGACAUUAUUGGAUGGUAUCAUUUGUAGAAUGUCAACAAAAGAUGUUUUAUGAAAUAUCAGAAAUAUUAACAAAACUCAGCAUUAAAGAAAACAUUGAUUUUUCUU